CCGUACCCCAAUCAUUGUUCCCGUCGUUGUCUCUCUCUCUCCCCACCGUCUCCUUCGCGUCAACAUUUCCUCCAUUGUCACUCCAUAAACUCAUUCAGUCUAUUUCUUCGUUAAUCGGGGUUUCAUCAUCUCUCACUCCGAGUUUGCCUUAGGAUUUUUGGGCUCUGCAUCCCAUAUUGCAAUUCCACGGUCUCUUCCCUGCUCCACGACAAGCCCUAGACUUCAGUUUGAUCGGAGGUGUACGACUUGGAGCCGCUUCGGUGGGUUUCGUUGUAAUGGAGACCGCCGCAGGCGUAGCCGCUACUCGUGGCGGCUCUAUGCGGAUCCCUUCGCCAUCAUCGUCCCGGAAAGAAUGGCGUGCCGUUUCGGAUCCCCAUUCGGGUGGAAAUUCCCCGGACGACGUGGAUUUGGAACAGUUAAAGCUGGACUGUUCAGCUGAGAGAACCAUAUACGAGCAUGGAAGGGAGCCGGUUGAUGUGGAUUUCUGCUCCAUCACUGUGGAUGAUGGUUCCGAUAGUGACAUUUUGCAGCAGCGACUUCAUAGCAUUGCUAGACAGAAAGAAGAACUGCAGCAGCUGGAGAUCGAGCUUCGAGCUCAGAUUAUUGCAAGAUCUGAGAUCAUUGAAAUGCAGAACAACUUUGAUACUCAAAUCAAAGAGCAUGCUAAUGCUGCUUCCAAACUACAGGAGCAACUUCAUGAGAAGGAGAGAACUAUCCGAGAGCUGGAGAGGAAGAUUGAUGACAAAGACAGGGAGCUACAUGCGAUUACACUGGAUAAUGAGGCGGCAUGGGCCAAAGAAGAUCUCCUCCGAGAACAAAACAAAGAACUCACAACAUUCAGAAGGGAGCGUGAUCACUCUGAUGCUGAAAGAGCCCAACAUAUACAGCAAAUAUGUGAACUUCAGGAGCAUACUCAGGAGAAAGAGAGACAGCUCAUUGAAUUGCAGGAACAGAAUAGGAUUGCUCAAGAAACCAUCCUUUACAAGGACGAGCAACUAAGAGAAGCUCAAGCCUGGGUUACCCGAGUUCAAGAGAUGGAUUCUUUGCAAUCAUCUACAAAUCACUCGUUGCAGGCUGAACUGCGGGAACGCACGGAGCAGUAUAACCAGCUAUGGAUUGGUUGUCAGAGACAGUUUGCAGAGAUGGAGAGACUGCAUUUGCAUGCAGUGCAACAGUUCCAGAUUGAGCUUGCCAAUGCGAGGGGAAAUGGUGGGUCUUUCACGGAUGAAUCUCGUAUAUCCAGAACAAAUUCCAACAGCACGUCCCAGAUUGUCCUGAAUAGUGUCAACCAGCUUGAGGCAAACAGAAGUGGUCCAGCUAGCGCUAACAAUGAUGUCCAUUCAAAUGGAAAAAGUUCAGACAAUAUUCAACCUUUUACUUCUAGUGAUGACACAGCUACUCAGAACCGAGCUGCUGCUGGGAUGCCGGUGGUUCCAUCCUCUAUUCUUGGGAUGCAUUCUUAUAUCAUGCAUCAACAAGGGGUCCCUCAGCCAAUUCAGCAUCAGGGCCCCCCAUCUCAUCUUCCCCAAUCAGCAUUGCCAGUUUCUUCCAUGCACCAGUGGCAGCAGCAUAAGGCUGUACCAGAGGGUUCACCGAUACCGGUGCAGAAUCAUGAACCACCAUCUCAAGGUGAUCCUGGCUUGGUAAGAUCUGAUGAAAUGUCUGAAUAUCAGAUGUCUGGCAAUGGGCAGUCACUUGGUCAAGUGUAUCUGAGUGUUCAAAGCAGCCCGGGAGCUCGACCUGGAUCAACUGUGCCAGCAUCCUCCAUGAAAGCACAGGCAGUGGAUUCUGGCAGUGGAGAAUAUCUUGCAUCUGGCGGAUCCCAGAACAACUUUCAAAACAUCUCUGCUCAGUUUCAUGAUGCCCUAAGGCUAGAUUCUCAUGCCCCAAAUCACAAAACCGAGGAGCCUAAUGGCCAGCUUUCACCUGAUGGGCAAAAUGGUUCUGCCAUUACUGAAUCUCCAACUGGAACGGUGGUAAGUGACGGCACUGGUUCCAUCACACCCGAAGCUAUGAUCGCAGAUGGUGCUCUUCUUCUUGAUGAACGGUCACUGUUGACUUGCAUAGUUCGUACAAUGCCAGCUGGCGGUAGAAUCCGAAUUGGCUCAACGCUCCCAAACCGCUUGGGCAAAAUGCUUGCACCUCUGCAUUGGCAUGAUUACAAGAAAAAGUAUGGAAAGUUGGACGUUUUUGUUGCCAGCCAUCCUGAGUUAUUUGUGAUUGAGGGUGAGUAUAUCCAACUGCGAGAAGGAGCGCACAAGAUGGUGGCGGCUUCAGCAGCAGCGGCCAAAGUCGCAGCAGCAGCAGCUGUCUCGAUGAAUGUGGUGGCCGUGACCCCCAUGGCUCAGUCUCACGGGUUCAAGAAGGCCGAGAAAACUGUCCAGAGGGAAGCUGCCUCUGCUCCAGACGGAGGCGUACACGAGAGCCUUGGGAACAUAAAGAUCUUGACAAAGCCUCGGGAUUCCGAGGGCAGACACUUUGAUUCAAUUGGGAAGCAUCAGGGAGGAAGAAGCAGAGUCGCCGGAGCAUCCAUGGCUGCUGCUCGAAGAUAGAAAAAGAUUUUUUAGCGGAAAACUGUGUGAUCGGGAGAAAGAAGGAAUGAUCUGUUCUGGUUCUUUCCUCUUGUCAUUCUGUGACAACCGAGUUUAAGUGUGUUUUGUUAUAAUUGUUGUCGGCUCAGAAUGCUGGAGAAAUGGACGAACUUGCAGAACCAAGAGAUAUUCAUAUAAGCGAAGAAGAACAGCGUUGUUGAAGAGGGAACUUCACCAUCAUUCCCUCUCUCCUAAAUA